AUGGCUGUUUCACGAAUGGCAGUCGACAUUAUCAGCCCCAUUAAUAGGGAAUUUAAGGAUAUUCCAAAAAAAAUUCGUGAAGAUGAGCGAUAUUGGCCAUACUUUAAAGAUUGCAUUGAAGCUAUUGAUGGAACCCAUGUGCCAGUUACUAUAUCUCCAACAAAACAAAUUCCAUUUAUUGGUAGAAAAGGCAUACCUACUCAGAAUAUCAUGGCAGUUUGUGAUUUUCAUAUGCGUUUCACUUUUGUUUGGGCUGGGUGGGAAGGUACCGCACAUGAUACACGUAUUUUUAUGGAAGCUAUUCGAAAGGAGGAAUUGCACUUUCCACAUCCACCUAGAGGUAAAUAUUACUUGGUAGAUGCUGGAUAUCCUCAUAUGAACGAAUACAUGGGGCCAUACAGAAGGGAACGAUAUCAUCUACCAGAUUUUCGUCGUGGUCCUCGACCAAUGGGAAUGCGUGAAAUAUUUAAUCAUGCACAUUCGUCGCUCAGAUGCACUAUUGAGAGAACAUUUGGAGAUAUUGAGUUCAAGCCAUACGAUGAUGACGAGGAUUAUCUACCUCCUGGAAGCAUGGAGGAUGAAGAAGCAGAAAAUUACUCAAGCAUGCAACAAUCGGAGAUAUCUAAUGAAAAUGUUAUUAAUAUUGAGCGUGACUAUAUUUCUAUUUCACUUAUGCAUGGUUGA